AUGGCCUUGUUCGUGUGGGUGGUGCUGCAGUGCGCAGCCCACUACGGAUUCGUGUUGAUCUUUUCCCUCUUCGCUUGCCUUCUCCGGCUGUGGGGGCUGGCCGCUGGUCUCACGAAGCGGAAGCGCAGCCAAAGAGAAAGGGAAGUGGUCAUUGUCGGCGGAGGGUUUGCCGGCGCGUAUGUAGCAAAGGCGCUCGAAGACUGCUUCCGCGUGACGCUCGUCGACAACAAGGACUACUUCGAAUUCACGCCUAGUGUGCUCCGCACCAUCGUCGAACCUAAUCACGUGAACUCCAUCCAGAUACGGCACAGGGAGUAUCUCAACUUGAAGCGAUCUCGGGUGGUGCUGGAUAGCGUCACAGAUGUGAGAGCGGACCACGAAAUCGGAUUCGAUUAUCUGGUUCUCUGCCUGGGCUCCACCUACAGCACGCCAUUCAAGGCGUCUUCGGUCAUCAUCUCCAACAGAGGGGAGACUUUGAGCGGGUGCUUCCAGGACUUGUCCGCAGCCGAGUCGGUGCUGAUCAUUGGCGGCGGUAUAGUUGGCGUGGAGCUGGCCGCAGAGGUGGCUGAACAUUUUCCACACAAGGACAUUGUCCUCGUGCAUUCGGGUCCGCACUUGAUGAACGGAAGGGGGACCGUUCCCCCGAAAGCUUCCGCCUAUGCGCGAAGGUGGCUUGAAAGCAAGGGCGUGCGAAUCAUGUGCAACGAGCGUGUGGUCGAGUUCGGCACGAAAGAUUGCCCUCGCUUCGUGACCGACAAGGGAACCACCAUAGAAGCCAGCCUGGCAUUCCUCAGCACCGGCAUAGUUCCCAAUUCCUCCUUUCUACGCGAUGGCCUGCUGGCGCCCUAUCUGGACCCCAAGGGCUUCAUCAUGGUCAACUCUCAUCUGCAGCUGCGGCACCACCCCAACAUCUUCGUGUGCGGUGAUGUGAUUGCGGUCGAUGAGGAGAAGCUGGCACAGACGGCCGAGAAGCACGCGGCGAUCGUCGCCAAGAACAUUCACCUGCUCGCCCGGACAGAAGACACCGGCGCUGCCACUGUCGCCGCCAGCAGCAAGGAGAAGGUCGACGUCGACCCUACCGACGCUAAGCUGCUGGGCAAGGCCAAGGACGUCGAAGCCACCAGCAACAAGGGCGACCUGAUCGCCGCCACGCGACCACUCGGCCUCGCGGUGUACGACCCCGCCGACCUGCCGAUCCUCAUCAGCCUGGGCAAGUACGCCGGGGCGCUCACCUGGCGCGGCUGGGCGCUCACCGGCUUCCUCCCGGCCGUCAUGAAGGAGUUCGUGGAGUGGAAGGUCAUGAGUGCCUACCGGCGCUAG